AUGUUUUUCCGUGCUGAAGCCUACGCACGUCAAAACUCGACUCAAUCAAAAUGGGGAAGAAAAAAAAAACGUGACAAAAGUGAAGAAUCUAUUCGAAAAAAGAUAAGAAAAUUGGAAAGUAAACUGCAGAAUCGUCGAAGAAUAAUUUCAUCAGACGAAGAUAUUCAGAGUCCAUGCGAAGACCAGUUUCUACAAGCAGACAAGAUGACAGGUGUGCUCACACCAUGCGAUGCACCCUGUUCGCCCCAUACAUUGGAGACACACAAUUCUGAGCAUCAAGAUGGUUCUCAGCUUUUCCCUGCAGACCCAGCUACAGAACCAAUAAAAAUUGUUGACGAUAAGCUAGAUGAGGGUAUUUUAGAAAUACUUGGGAAUGCACCUGAACCAGACAUCACGCUAGGAAAACCUAUCCAUAAGGACAUAGCUGCCAGAUGGAUUGAGGUAUUGAAGAAAGGAUUAAAUAAGGAACAAAAAGAUCUAUUGGCCAAGGAAUAUUUAGUUCCUGGUAACUGCGAGUUACUCGUGCCGCCUGUUUUAAAUCCUGAAGUAAAAGUUGCUUUACUUGAACAAUUUAUAAAAAGAGACACUUCUUUAAUGAACAGACAAAAACGAUUCGCCAAUGCUCUUUCUGCGCUAGGUCAAUCCAUUGAAAUUAUUAUUUCUACAAAUUGUGAGCAAGGGUUGAAACAAAAAGUUUUAAAACCUGUCAGUGAUGUUUGUAAAAUUUUAUGUGAUAUGCAUCAUGACGAAACAAAAACAAGGCGAAAGUUUGUCAUUGCUUCCAUCAAUACUAGCUUAAAAGAUACAUUGGCGAACUCUGAAGCUGACAAGUUUCUUUUCGGAGAUAACAUGUCAGAAAAGCUUAAGACAGCAAAAACUGUACAACGCUCUGCUGAAGCACUAAAGGUGACACAAGCACCAUUUUCUAGGGCUAACUUUUCUAAUAAUAAAUCUUUUAACAGCAAGAAUAAUUUAAACUACAAGCCCCUGCAUCAAAAGACAACAGGCAGGCAACAUGCAGGGAGGCCGUAUGCAGUCCUGCCACCACGGCACCAGAACAGCAGUUCGCAACGGCAGACUCACUGGAUGCAGCGGCCGCCUCCACCACCGCCGCCCUCUUCACACCAACCACCUCCGCCGAUACGCAGGUCGGCUCGCAAA